CCUCUACUUAAUGUACCUCUUCUUUAUCUUUCUUUUUAUUUACUUACUUAGCUCGCGGCAAGAUAACAGUACACGUGGAAUGAGUGCGGCGUCUAGGCUUUGCAAUGGAAGGCGCUGUGCAUUCGCGCAACGAGUGGGGGCGACAGUUGCUUGCGAAGGGUCACGCACAAGGCGCAUGUCACGCACGUAUUCAAGCACCGUCUCUCUACUAACGAUUAGCAGACCAGGACUCCUCAAGCACAUCUCUAUCCAUCCACACAAACCUAAAACCCCUAAACCCUACAUCCUAACCCGACGCACCCCCUACCUUGGUCUAUACAUAACUUAGCGCGCUGAUUACCACCCCAUCUCCCCUUCCUCUUCGUAGAAGCAGCACAUCCACGCACGCGUUUCAGCACCGUCUCUCCACUGACGAUUAGCGGACUGCGGUAGUCGUAUUCGCUGCGUGAAGCGGGUUCGGCGCGCGCGGCUGGAUCUCUGCGAUGUCUUCAGAGGGGGUGGGGGGAUGUGUCU